GAUAAGAGAUAAGUUAAAAGAAAGAAUACCGAAUAAUAUUAUUUAUCUAUAAAAAAUAUAAAAAAGUCAUAACUUUAAAGUUAAAAAUUCUCGAAUCUUGAGUCCUGUGUAAAAUUUUCAAUAUUUGGCAGGUGACGACGACACGAAAUAAUGACAACUUUCUUGAAAACCUUAUUGUUGAACAGUAGAAAAACUUCAGCCUUGUUGCCUUCUUAUUUUAAUUUAUCGACAAGAUUGUUCUGCGCCAAAUCACUAAGAUCCGAGGAGAGUAAUAUCGACCAAAAUGAUUUAGCGUCUGUUACUUCUCAGAACGAACAACUGGAUAAGCUCUAUAAAACCAUAGAAUUUGAAUGUCGUAGCAACGAUCGUGCAGUAUUGCGUAGUUACACUCAAUUUGCAACAAUGGCUGCAAAUGAACUAGGGAUUCAAAUCGGUAAAUGCUGGUCCCCACGUAAAGCUUAUCACGAAAGGUAUACAUUAUUACGUUCUAUUCACGUCCAUAAAAGGUGUAGAGUUCAGUAUGAAGUAAGAACGUGGUUUAGAUUCAUUCAUUUCCAUAAGCUAACUGGUUCUACUGCUGAAACCUUUUUAGAGUAUGUUCAAAGGAAUUUACCGGAGGGAGUUGCGCUUAAAGUAACCAAAGUACUUUUAGAAAAUAUUCCUGAAAGUGUUUCAUCUCACAUGACUUCGGAAAUUGCAUAAAUGAUAUAUUAUAUAUUACUCUUAGUUGUUAAUGGUGAAACAUAUUUUUUUUUUAUGUAACACAAUUUCUGUAUAGUAAAACCUAUAAAUUAAA